UCCUGCGGGAGAUUUUCCAGUCAUUGGAUAGCGUCAGCCGUGUGCAACUGCGUCGUGUGUGUCCGCUAUGGAAUUUUGUCUUAACCGGCACGGACAGCGGCAAAGUUGUCCGUAUUUCCUUCGGGUCCACUCCGUUAUUCCCAACGGAAGUGGAGUUUUUUGAAACUCUGUACGCCGCUGUCAGUGGGAUGCUCAAAUGCAUAAAUCAGUCAACCGAGAGACUGAUUAUCGAGAAUCUGCCGCACCAGCACACGGACUGCGCACUGACGCUCAUUCGCUGGAUGCUACGGAAUAUCCACAUAAAGUAGCUUAUCUGUUCUGAUGUGGAAUUCAACUGGGAGGACUUUUACCCCUACGACAUGGCGGCUUUUGGGCCGUUGGGUACUGUGGGCUGUGCCGGUAUCCGUUGUCUGGCGCGGUCUUUCCAGGCCUUGGCGCCGUUCUGUACGGAACUGCGGAUGCGCGGAUGUCAGUUCAACUGCUAUGAACGGACGAAAGCGAAGAUUGCGGAUGCUACCAUUAAACUGAAUGCAGUCACUGCAGUGCAUGUUGAAGCGCAGUUCUGGCAGCUUUACGACGCCCAUCUGUCCGGCGAUGGAGUGAAUGUGGAGGAAACCGCCGAAUGGAUCCGCACAGGAUCGGAACGGCUUCGCGAGCUGGUCGCUCAGUGUGUGACGCGUGUCCAAAGCUAUGAUCCGCGUUUAACGACGCAUUAUCGUGGCCGCGAGUGGACUGUGGAGAAUUUGAAGGAUCUGGAUGGCUCCAAGCUGACCACCAUCACGCUUCGGUCUUUGCAAGAUGUUCGUAAACGUUUAGAAUAG